CGGACCUCAGCAAGAUCGAAUCGUUCCAGUAUCCGUCGGCGCACUACGGCCAUCUGAGCGACAACCAGCAGCUACAGCUCGACGCGUUCAAGCAGCUCUGCCAGACCGAAGGCUACUACUCCGAGACGAACCACGACGACGAGACGCUUCUGCGCUUCCUCCGUGCGCGCCGCUUCAACCACCAGGAAGCCUUCAAGCAGUUCAAGGACACCGAGGACUGGCGAAAAGAGCACAAUGUCAACCACCUCUUCCACAAGAUUGACAUCGACGAGUUCGAGCAGACGCGCCGCCUGUAUCCCCAAUGGCUCGGGCGACGCGACAGACGCGGCAUUCCGCUCUUCCUCUUCUGCGUCGCGCCCCUCAACACCAAGAACAUCUCGGCCUACGAGAAGAACCUCGCCAAGGCCACCAUCACCUCGCCCAAGGUGUCCACCAAGAACCUGCGCCUGUUCGCCCUGUAUGAGUCGCUGACGCGCUUCGUCAUGCCCUUGUGCUCUGCCAUAACCCGCAAGCACCCCGAGACGCCCAUUUCGCAGAGCAACAACAUCGUCGACAUCAGUGGCGUGGGCCUAAAGCAGUUUUGGAACCUGAAGAACCACAUGCAGGAUGCCUCGGUGCUGGCGACUGCCCAUUAUCCAGAGACGCUGGACAGGAUCUUCAUCAUCGGCGCGCCUGCAUUCUUCCCCACUGUCUGGGGCUGGGUCAAGCGCUGGUUUGACCCCAUCACCGUUUCCAAGAUCUUCAUUCUCUCCUCUGCAAACGUUCUGCCUACCCUCUCGCAAUAUAUCGACCCGGACAACAUCCCCAAAAAGUACGGCGGCAAUUUAGAUUUUGAAUGGGGCAUGAUGCCUGUCCUCGAGCCCGAGAUCGACGCCGCCAUCAAGUGGGAGUCGCCCGAAAUCCAGAAUGGCAAGAACACAUUGCCAACUGGACCUAUCAUGUGGGAAGAGGGCGAGAACGGCAGUAUGAAAGCAGUGGCCGUUGGCAGUGAAAAUGGGAAGCCGAGACGGAGGACCAUCUUCACCAUCCCGAAUCCAGUGGGCGCAAAAGCGAAGGGACCCCCUAUACCCAAUACACCAAUUGACGAGAUCGAAUUGUCCCUUACGACGGUUGGGACGGCGACGCAGCCUCCGGAUACAGACGACUCAAACGUCGACAUCGCAACCUCGCCCACAGACUCCCCUUCACCUGUCCCUACACCCCCUCCCGCGACGUCUGCCGAAGAGGGGAAUGAGGCAGGUCUGCCUCUCCGCCAAGGAACAUCAGACACACGCUACGAACAGCAACAGCAGACUCACGCUGCAGGCCAACUCGCCGAGGGUACGCCUCACGCUGCUGUGAACGAUCAUGGACAUGGCGACAAGACCGUGACCAUGGAGCCCAGCACCGUAGGGCAAGCACCCAAGGACGUCUCAAUUCCGCUCCAAGAACCGCCAGCGCCAGGUUACAUCGACCAGGCGAAGCAAGCUGCGGCACAAGCUACAGCGGUUGUGACGUCUACGGUCGGCUCAGCUACCAGCGCCAUAGCUGGCCUGACCGGUGGAGCAAAGACGGAAGAAAAGUCCGAAGAGAAUAUCUCAGAGAAGAGCCCUGAGCAGAAAGUGCUUGAUGGGAAAAUCGACGGGAAAGAAGACCCUGUGAUUGAGGGGUAUCUGCGUGAACAGACCACUAACAAAACUGUGGCGUAAGAGUAUCAUCCGCAUUUGUAUUGAUCUUGAAUAGACAUUUCUCCGCGUGGAUGUUGCUAGCUUUGCAUUCUGGAUGAACGGCUCGGAUUUGGGCAAGA